AUUUUCGCGCAGUUAAUGAGCUCAGGCUCAGUAGUGAAGUGAUACUGCGCAGAGAUGCCCGUGCCUGAUAGAACCGGAUUAAAAAUCGUAGACAUCGACGUCAAAGACGUUAGAUUUCCUACGUCGCUUGGUGGACAUGGCUCUGAUGCAUUGCACACCGAUCCAAACUACUCGUGUGCUUACGUCACAAUCACAACAGAGAAGGGUAGUAAAGGCUAUGGAUUGACGUUUACCUGUGGGAGGGGCACCGAGGUAGUUGUUUUCACUAUCAGGUCCUUGAAGAAGUUCGUCUUGGGAAAGAACGCGGCAGAUAUAUUCGCGGACUUCGCUGGCUUUUGGCGCGCCAUCACGAAUGACUCGCAGAUGAGAUGGAUUGGUCCAGAGAAGGGAGUAAGCCACUUAGCGGUGGCAGCCAUAUUAAAUUCCCUAUGGGACCUUUGGGCCAGGCUAGAAAACAAGCCAGUGUGGAGGUUGUUAGUAGACAUGGAACCUGAGGAGCUGGUGUCAACGAUCGAUUUCCGUUACAUAACCGAUGUAUUAACUAAAGAAGAAGCAAUACAAUUGCUUAAAGAUAAAAAUAAUGACAAACAGAAAAGAGUUAAGUAUUUAGAGGAAAAUGGAUAUCCAGCGUACACAACUCAAGUUGGUUGGCUGGGAUAUAGCGAUGAGACGGUGAAAGAACUUUGUGAAAAAUAUAUAAAACUUGGCUUCACUCAUUUCAAAGUUAAAGUCGGUCUGAAUUUAGAAGAAGAUUACAGAAGAUGCAGUCAAGUUCGGAAAUACAUUGGCAAGGAUAGAUUCUUGAUGGUUGAUUCAAAUCAAGCUUGGAGUGUUAACGAAGCUAUUGACUGGAUGAAGAAAUUAGCGCCAUUGAAUAUAUUAUGGAUUGAAGAACCAACAUCACCAGACGAUGUCUUGGGGCACGCCACCAUUUCUCAGGCGUUAAGACCAUACGGUAUAGGUGUGGCUACGGGCGAGAUGUGCGCAAAUCGCGUCAUGUUCAAGCAAUUUCUGCAGAGCGGGGGUAUGCAGUUCUGUCAGAUCGACUCCGCGCGUAUUGGCGGUAUUAACGAAAUACUCGCCGUAUAUUUGAUGGCUUACAAAUUUAAUGUGAAAGUGUGCCCGCACGCGGGAGGUGUGGGAUUGUGCGAGAUGGUACAACACUUGCAGUACUGGGACUACGCCUCGCUCUCCGGCACUAUGGAGGGACGGCUCAUAGAGUACGUCGACCAACAACAUGAACAUUUCUACGACCCCACUGUUGUUAAGAACGCGAGAUAUCUCGCACCUAAAUUGUCUGGAUACAGCACUCAAUUCCUACCAGAAACACUGGAGAAAUACACAUACCCCAAUGGUAGUGAAUGGCAGCGGAUGUUGAAUGAAGGCAUAUUUCCUCCACCCGACGAUACAGAACUAGCAAAUGCAUAAAUAACAAUUACAAAUAUUAUUUAGAUUGUCAAUUAUGGAUUUAAAUACUUGAAGCGGCAAUAGCCUAGUGGUUAAUGGUACGGAUUUCCGAUCACAAGAUCGGGAGUUCGAAUCCCGCCAUUCGACUAUUGUCGUAAACCAUAUCCUAACAUAAGCGUAGAACUUAGAUGGAAUGGUACAAGAAAUAUUAGUAAAUUUAUGAAAAUCUACUAAUAUUAACAAAAUACAGUCGAACUUGGAUAAGCAAGAAUCCAAUGGAUUGAUUUUUUUCGUUUAUGUUUCCCGUUAACCCGUGUUUCUCUAUGAAUAUCCGUCGGGACCUCACAAUGAUACUCGCUUAUCCAGCUUUGACUAUACUAAUUUUUCAAGUGUUAUGAUGGAUAUAUAUACUUAUGGUACUACUAAAAUGUGUUUUUCAAAAAAAAAAUUCCAUUGCCGUUACGUACAUAUGUCAGUCUCUAUUAUAUCAAUGUAAAUGAAAGGGACAGCAAUAUGUAUUAACAUUAGUGCGACCACAGUGAAGUUCUAUGGUAACGUUUUUGAGAAUCACAUGUUAUUUUUAAUAAAAAAAAAUUUGAAUAUAUACAAAACUGCAUUUAA